CGCAUGCGCGCUGCGGAACAGGACAUGACCUCAUCAGUGUAGGUCGUGUGGGAGGGGAGAAGGGAGCGAGUGUGAAAAUGGCGUCUCCGAAAACAGUCCCGAAAGAUGCACAGGUUAUGAUGCAGAUUCUGAAAGAUAUGGGGAUCACAGAAUAUGAGCCCAGAGUCAUCAACCAAAUGCUGGAGUUCACCUACAGAUACGUCACAACUAUAAUCGAAGAUGCCAAAAUAUACGCCACCCAUGCUAAGAAGUCCACUGUUGAUGCUGAUGACAUAAGGUUGGCAAUUCAGUGUAGAAUGGAUCAGUCAUUUACGUCUCCACCACCAAGAGAUUUUCUGCUGGAGGUUGCCAGACAGAAGAAUCAAGCCCCUCUGCCCUUGAUUAAGCCCUACGCAGGACCACGACUUCCACCAGACCGCUACUGUUUAACUGCACCAAACUACAGACUCAAGUCCCUGCAGAAAAAGGUGUCCUCAUCUGCGGGUAGAAUAACAGUACCACGGCUCAGUGUGGGGGCAGUUUCCAGUAGACCAAGCACACCAACACUCGGUACCCCCUCAGUGCAGACAAUGGGCAGUAAAGUGGGAACCCCUGUGUCACUGACAGGCCAGCGCUUCACUGUUCAGAUCCCCUCCUCACAGGCUGCUUCUGUCAAGACAGCCACCCCGACUACUCCAGGCACAGUCCAGAAUGUCCUCAUCAACCCCUCCCUCAUCGGCUCCAAGAACAUCCUCAUUACGACCAACAUGGUGUCUCAGAACUCCUCCGGCGAAUCGGGCUCUCUGAAAAGAAAGCAUGAAGAUGACGACGACUAUGAUGCUUUAUGACCCUGUGCAUAAGUUGUAUCAGUAGUCUUAGAUGCUCCUUGCUUGAUACGCGUGUAAAUAUAUAAUGAUAAUUUUGCUUUCGAUCAGCUCCAUCAUGUUGUUUUUGAUUAUACCAGUAACCUUAUGACCUUGACCAUUGAUUGCUGACUUUUUCUACGUAAAAAUAAAAUGUAGUUGCUAAACCCA